GGACUCGCAUUCAAAAUCCAUAAAAAAUGAAUAUGUGAAAUUAGAACCACGACCAUAAGAAAUCUUCAAAAGUAGUGAUGCUUUAACAAUAGAAUCAAGUGUUCAAGCUGUCAGGAAAAUGAUCAACACAGAAAUGCAGACAAUUCCUAGAAUUAAAUAUAAUAAAUGUAUUCAGUCAGUAGCUGUGGAAGAGGAAAUGUUUCAAUUACAACCUCUAAUCACACCAGAAAAAGCUCUUGACGAUUUUUUAAACAAACAUGUUCCUAACUUAGUGAAUCAGUUGCACUACAAUGAGUUAUAUGAUUUAUACCGUGAUGACUAUAAAUUGUUGAAAAAUGAAAAUGAAGAUGAAGUCGAACAAACCUCUAAAGUUAUAAAACUUCUACCUAGAUAUCAAAAUGAGGUAUCAAAAAAAAAAUACGUAUCUUGUCAUGCUUGGCAUCCUACUAUAACCGGUGUUUUUGCUGUAUCUUACAAGAUAAAUAGUAAUGAGUUAUAUAAAACUGUAGGUCUAGAAACAUCUGAUGAAGAAAUUACAUCAGUUAAAGACGAAAAAUAUGGUGUAUCCUACAGCGAUGAAGAUAUCGAUAUAGACUCUUCGAGUAACCGGCUUUUAGAUGAGAAUUACAAAGAAAAAAUCAUUUCUUUAUUAAACAAAGAAUUUGUGCAGAGAAUGAGGAUAAUCCAAGUAACAGAAGACGAAAAAAUUAACCAACAAUAUAGCCAUGACAUUAAUAGACAAUUGCGAAACUCUUUAAUUUAUGUUUCUCACGAACAAACUUCCACAUACAACGAUCAUCCACUUGUAAAUUCAGAUAACAGAGCUUUGGUUGACCAGAACAUAAUUAUCAAAGAAGCUCAAAGUAAACUAACAAGUAUUGAUGUCCUGCCAAGUAUAGAUCAACAGUAUCAGUUCAAUUUAAACAAUGAGUUUUCCAUAGAUGAAAAUGAAUAUGAAGAACAAAAUAAAGAAAUCUACGACACGAAAGUAUCGGCGAAUAUUAUGAGUACUACAGACAAGAUUAAAAGUGAAAACGAUAUGGACGUGGUAGAACAUCACGAUUCUGACACAGAAAGCUUUUACAAUAUUUGGGGCGAUGAUGAAGAAUGGUUACAUGAUAACAAACUAAGGAAUGUUGUUAGAAAUAUUCACAGGACAUUUAAUAAAAAGUAUGAUCGAGAAGCAAGAGAAGAAAAACUGUUCAGACUCUUGAAGUCUGAAGCCAAGUACACUGAAAAAAAAAAAAAAAUUGAUGAUAUGGAAAAAGAGAGAAUGAAAUUAACCAAAGACAUGUUUGAAGCUGGAGAAAUGUACCAAAAAUUAAAGUAUCAAUUAGAAAAUAAAACUAAAAAGCGUAGAAAAUCUUCGUCAAAACAUAAAUCACAGAAGAAUGAUGAAAUACCAAAGAUUAAACGUGAAAAUACACCAUUAAUAGACGAACAAAAUAACUCUGUCUUAAUUUGGUCAGUUAGUGAUAAUAUUUUUCCGAAGUUGAGGUUGGAGAGUACUGAAGAAGUGCGCUGUGUUGAAUUUAAUCCUAGACACGGUAACACUGUUGUAGGAGGGUUGACAAAUGGGCAGAUUAGCAUAUGGGACAUUGAAGGAAAAUUGGAGAUGGCAGGUUUAAAUGAUUUGAACAUGUCAGAAAAGGAAAAAAAACAUCAUGAACAUCUGUGGGCGCACAUGAAUUGGUCUUUAGACGUUAAGUUUGAAACAAUAAUCAAACCAGCAGCUCUAAGUGCAAUUUUAGAAUCACAUUUGUCAACGGUGACUGCAAUCCAGUGGAUUCAUCCGAUGAAUGAAAUAACACCAUUGGGAAAAUUUAUCAGUGUUCAAGAAGGAGAAUUUUCAGAUCAAUUUUUUUCUGCUUCUAUGGAUGGUACCAUAAAACUUUGGGACUUGAAUUCGACACCUAUUCCAAGAAUCAAUAAAAAGAGUUCAACUAACACUAGUUUUGAGCACCCAGAAAAGUUGAAAAACUAUAAAUCGCCAUUGAGCAUUUACAACAACCGUCUAAAGCCUUCGUAUACGAUCAUCAUCAAAGAACCAGAAAAGACAAUACACAGCCCCAUAACAACGUUAUCUUUUGAGAUACCUUUAAUGCAAUAUAAUUAUAUAUCCGACCAACCACUAAGUAUUGGAAAACGACAGUUUGAAUAUGUGCCGACAAAAUCAAAUGAUCCAAACCGUAUCUUGGUCGUUGGUAGUAUUAUGGGUCAAAUCGGAGUUGUUACUUGGGAUGGUUAUGAUGCAAACCAGCAGGGCCGAAACAGUGAAGAGUGCAAAAAUAUUUGGUGGGGACAAGUGCACGAUGGACCUAUCAACCACAUCAAGAGAAAUGUUUUUUACCCAGAUAUUCAUUUAGUUUGUGGUGGACACGUUGUAUCUAUUUGGAGUUUGAACUAUAAUGGCGGACCAGUUUGGUGGAAGCGUUUUAAUGAUUUGACAAAUAGCGUUUUAUGGUCUACUACUCAACCUGCGGAAUUUAGAGUGUCCUUCAACACAGAUGGGGUCUUACAAUUUUGGAAUUUCAUGAAAUACACUCACCAGCCUUACUAUACAACGGAUAUUUUCCUCAGUGACGGGCUAAUAGCAACUUUAUCAGCUCCGUAUUCACCAAUACAUUUCAUCGGUACCGAAAGGUUAAUGUUUACUGAAGGUAUACACGAAGUAAUGAAUUAUAAGAAAAACGAAUUGAUCAGCUUCUCGGAUUCCACUGGGACAAUAAUGAUAAUCACCACAGAUGUUCCGGUAGUGGAACCAAAUAUAAUCGAAGAAGUUGGACGGGUAUUUCAGAAAGAGGUGAUUUGGAGAAAAGAAUUGGAUGUAUGGAACAGUAAGUAUAAAGAAGAAUUUAGAUCCAUAAAAGAAAACGAUGCGGACAGUCAAGAUUACCGGGCAGUUAAAUCGCAUGUAUCAAAUUCGAUUCAUAGCGAUGACCUCCAACCAACGUUGUCACAGGAACAAAUGAAGAGAAAGAUUUGGGACGAAACUUUCAAUUGGUGUUUUAAUCGUAAAGGACCACAAACGCGUUUAGGUAAAAUCAGGGAUAAAUAUUUACAACGAGAAAAGCGUCAUAUGAUUGAGGCCAUGAUGAAAAAAAAGAAUGUUGAUCAAAAACAAUUAGAAGAAUAUUUCAAAGCAGUCGAAGAAAACAAGAAUAACAAAGAUGAUAUUUCAAAUAUGAAAUUUGAAGCUGAUGAAUCUUAUAGAGACAUUGUCAACAAAAUAUUAACUACUGAAAAUACAGAAGAAUAUAUGUUAGAAGUCGAUUUAACAAGUAAUGAGUCAGUCGACAUGAUGAAAACAGUUGAAACAAUUCAACAUCUGUUGGUAACUGACAUUGCAGUUGAAAAAGAAAAGUUUAGUAAUUACAUAAAAAACAAUCCAUAUAAAGCUGACCAAGAAGACUGGGCUCAAGUAAUUGAACUCGCAGAAAAGAACGUUAGGGAUAGAUUAAAUGAUCCAACUCUUCUAAAAAGUCCAGCCUUACGUAUGAUGCGCCGAGAAUUGGCAAAAAAAUAUAUUAAUGAAGGUUAUAAGAUUAAAGAAUGGAAGCCUCGUAAAGAUGAGCAUGCAUUGGAUCGGUACAACAUAAGAAAUAACAAAAUAGACGUAUUAAGAACCAUGUAUGGAAAAAGUUAUAAUCCAUCCUGGGACAAGGGCUUGCGACCACAGACAAUGAGAGAGGCCAUCCGGUUGCGAUUAACCGAGGCAACAGAUGAUAACGAUGAAAAAUUAUAUGAAAGUUAUUUUGAAGGAAAAAAUGGUGAAGACAACAGCUGUUACGCCGAUUAUUUGUCAUUAAUGGGUUCAAGGCCCACGUCCAGUUAUCCCGAAGAUUAUUUAGGCGUCUCUGAAAGAGAACUUAUGCUAAACGAUGAUGACGAAAGAGCUACUCAAGCUACUGAAUUAGAUGAUUCCAAUAGUAAUAAUGAUCUAGACAAAAUAAGAGAUCCAUAUAACAGCCAACGGUCGUACCAUGAAUAUGAAGAGUAUCAAAAUUUGGAAACACUUGACGAACAUGAUCAAGAAGAUGAAAAAUAAUUUUCAAUGACCUCGAACGAAUUCAAUGAAAAU